AGACCACACUUCAAAGCGGUUGCAAUUCAGUUCCCAUUUGGAGCUUGUUUAUUUGUGAAGAAACGCCAAUAAAAGUGAAUAUAUAUCCACUAAAAAUAACAAACACCAGAGAAAGGUCGUUGGCGAGCGGAAGGAGGGAGUCGAGGGGAGGGUGAAUCCUCUCGACUUCGCUCGCUACUCUUUGCGCUCUCUCACCUGUAGCUAGGAAACUAGCCCUCCUCUGCCGCCGGGCUAACACUCGCCAUUGGCGGACGCGUGAUGGGGGAAGUGCCGCUUCUCUGGAAGAAGUCGCCCGCUCCUGCCAUAAACACUGUUGGGGAGCGACCAAGAUAAUAUUUUUCAAUCCAAGCAUGGACUUCGCCGAGGAGUCGUCGCUCGCCUUAGCGUUCGAGAAGGACGCCUUCGAGCUGACGGUGGAGGACGUGUACGACAUCUCGUACGUCGUCGGACGAGACUUGUUGCGGAUCAGCCGAACGGGCGAAGAGGUGUCCGACCUCCAAUUUCGCAUCGUCCGCGUGCUGGAGAUGUUCGAGACGAUGGUCAACAAGUACAACUUGUCCCUGGAGGAGCUGAAAAUGGAGCGGGACAACCUGAAGAGCCAACUGGACCGCGUCGUCUCGGAAAGCUCCACCGGCGGCCAGGGCACGCAAGCGGCCGGACCCAACCAGAUGGUGGUGGACCUGAGCGACCCCGAGAGGCCUCGCUUCACCAUGCAGGAGCUGAAGGAGGUCCUGCAGGAGAGAAACCAGCUGAAGGCCCAGCUCAUGGUGGCCCAGGAGGAGCUGCAGCUCUAUAAGAGCGGGAUUCUGCCACAGGGCCAAGCGGCCAUGGUCGAAGUGGACCUGGACGAGCCGGCACAAAACGGGGCAGCUGCCAUCAACGAUGCAAAAGAGGAAAAGACCACCAUUGGAAAAUUGUUUUCAUUUAGACGGAAAUAAGACAGCAAGAUGAAAAAGAAGACCCUGACAAGACAGGAUUGGUUAGCAGGUUACUCGGACCUUUUUUAUAUUUUUGUAUUCAAGAUGUAUUUGUAAAUUUAACACGCUGCCUUAAUUUUAUAUGUAUUGUAUAACAAAGAUUUAUAAUAGCUGUUCUUGUGAAACACUUUAUUAGGUACACCUAUGUCAUACACAAGGGCUGUUACAUGGAAAAAAUACAAUGCUAAUCUCAGAAGUAUUUACAUAUUUGUAAUACAUUUUUAUGAUGUUCUAAACAAUUACACGUAGGUUAGAUUGUUGCAGAUUAAACAUUUUCUUGGGGUUCAUAAAUGAAAACAAUAAAAAAAAAAAAUUUGUGGGGUUAAUUGAC